AUGAGUAGUGCACUACAGGACGAACAAGAGGCAGAGCCCUCCUUCGGCGCCAAUUGCGACCGUUUGGUGGCACUGGUGGUACGUUCGCAGCUGCACGUCGACCGCAUCCAGGACUGACCCCAUCCACAGAGCGCCAAAGAUCCUCCCAAAGACCACUCCGAGCUCCACUCUCUUCUACAUCAGCGAGACAUGACCGACAGAGCAAUCAUGAAAGUCGCCGCGAAAGGUAUUGGGGCGAUGGUGGACGACUUCAAGGGCAACUUUAUUGAUGAAGAGUGGGAUGACUCCAGAUUUCAUGUUCUCUUUGUCCGCUGCAAGGGCCUGACUGGAUGGGGUGGGGAGGCUCCUGAUCUGGAAAUUCGAAUGUUCGAGGGAGGGUUCAGAGGACGUGAUCGGGGCGGAGAAGACACUGCGCGCGCGGUUAGGCUGGUUCUGCAGACCGCGUUGGUGAGGAACGAGCUGGCGUCUUUGCGAGCUGAGUUGGACCGGGAGAAGGCGUCUGCGCAGCUACCGAAGGACCAGAGUGCGAUCCCACCUCAUAGGCGCAAGAAGCCGCUGGUAUGAGCUGUCACGAUAGCGUCUCAUUCGACUGUCUCUUCUGAUGUGGCUGAGUGUUUGAGCGACGCUGCAGUGGCGUAGAUUAGCAUGUGCGGGAAGCGGCAGCUCUUUUCUUUCACUUACCAUGACAAGACCGCCAGCAAACGGCGGGACCAUUGACCCUCAUACUACCUUUCUCUUACUCUGCCCACGCCGGGAGCUGCAGCCAAAGAGCCUCCCCGUUCCAUGAUGGCAGAGACAAAUGACCAAAGUCCUCAGUCCGCACAACAGCACCUCUUUCGCAUCAUCGUAAGUCCGCAAACAACAUAUCGCGCGUCCAAAAGCUCAUCUCCUGACCCAUCAUCCAUCCACAGUCGAGCAAUCCCUUCCCUCAAGACCUCUCCUCCCUGCACGACCUCGUCUUCCGAGGCAACAUCCCCGCCCAAGGGCUCCUCGAAACCAGCAUCCAAGCCGUCGACCACCUGAACGCCUGCAUGAGCAAGCACCAAAAGUACACCGCCAAAGCCGUCUUCUCGGCCUUGAAAGUGCGGAUCGCAGGCGUAGAGGGAAAGGCGAGAGAGCUGCAGCAGAAAGAUGAAGAUGGAGAAUGGGAGGUGCAGGAUAGGGAGGAAUGCCAGAGGGUGAUUAUGAGCGCGGCGCUGUUGAGGGUGGAAGCUGUUCAGAUGGUGAGAGAGGUGGUGAGGGAGAUUGUCGAUGAGGCGCAGAGGAAUCGAGGAGAGCAGGCAGAGGCAGAGGCAGAGGCAGAGGCAGAGGCAGAGGCAGAGGCAGAGGCAGAGGCAUAG